CAAAUAUUCAAUCGACAACUUCAACUGCGAUUCACGCAACCGGUGGACAAAGCAAACGCGAUUAACCGAAAACGAUCAGAAAGCUGUGAAAGGCUUGUGGGCCUUCUUGUUUAACCUUCCUUAUGGAUAGUCUGCGACUGAUAGUCAAAACCUUAUGAAUCGCUCUUUCAACGCGUCAAAUUUCAUUCUCCUGAGCGACAACGCGCCCCCAAGCAUCCACCAUGGCUCCUCCGGCUGGUGGGAAGCGUAAACGCGGCGAUAGGUCAUGGCCUGGAGAUGCGGCAAACAGUGGCCCGCGGCCUUCUCCUCAUCGUCCAGGAAGCCUCAACCUGGCCCAGCAGCAACAACAAAACCAGUUCCAUAGCCAAGGUCGGGAUUCACAGGAUAACCAUGGUAGGGGAGCACGAAGAGCAAGCAGAGGCAGUAACCGGAAUGGUACGCCAGUGCGAAGAGGGAGCGACGCUCACAACUCCCACCAGAAAGAAAGCUCUCCUUCAUCGAGAUCUGUCAUGGCAUCACCUAGAGAACCCCCCGAACCUUCUCAACCAAGCAGGACUCCCUCCGCCCCAAUACCUAAUGCCGUGGCUAAGCCUCUGGCGACCCCCUACUCCUACGACUACGUUACACAGGAGUGUAUUGAGAGCUGGAUGUCGACGGGCAAGAAAAAUGUCGUCGAAGCUGGGAUCAACGCCCGGAAGACCGAGAGCGCCAUGGUUAUCUCGUCUAUCUUCCAGGAGAUUAUCCAGUCGGUUUUUGAUGGCCGAAUAUCUGCAGUCGAUGGAGGGACGUGUGUGAAGGAGAUUGUUGGCGAAGACGUGACUACUGAUGAGGCAACCGAUUCGGGUGAACCGAACAGCGCUGUGAUUCCACCUUUUGAUGCGCGUUCUCUUUUCCUCGAUACCCUCUCUAUUAUAACAGACGCAGACACCACACAUCCUAGUCUUCGCACCCUUGUCUUUUCGACAGGCAUCUCGUCCUCCUUGAUGCGACAGCAGCUCGAGACUCCCCUACUACAAUCUCUUGGCCUAAUCCGCGAUACUUUUGCUCGUAUGGGAAUUCGCAAACAAACAAAUCUUCUUUAUCGUCAGUCAAACUAUAACUUGCUACGAGAAGAAUCGGAAGGAUACUCUAAGCUGUUAACCGAAUUGUUUACGACAAGCAACAAUGAACCCCCUUCGGCCGAAGUUGUUGAAGAUACUUUUGAAAGGGUCAAAGCUAUGAUUGGAGCGUUUGACAUGGAUGUUGGAAGGGCUCUCGAUGUCACGCUAGAUGUGUUCGCCGCAGUUCUCGUGAAACAAUAUCGAUUCUUUGUCAAGUUCCUACGCGUCAGCUCGUGGUGGCCGAAGGACGAAAAUUUCCUUCGCCGGUAUUGCGGGAUCGCGGAGUCCGGUUUACCUAAAUGGGCGCUACCUGGCUCUGCUGGCUGGUCUACAACAGAAGAGGACCGGGAAGAGGCUCUUCGUAUGAACGAAAAUCGAGAUCGAGUCUUAUGGGAUAGAGCUAGGGAAGUUGGCAUCCGUGCGUUCUUCGAAAUAGGUCGGAACCAGUCAUUAGACUCAGACCAAUUAAGAUCCAUAUCCGACCUCGGAAAUAUCGUCCCGGAUGACGAUAAAGAGACUCGGGAGUGGAUAGAGCGGACGGGGACGCUACCACCGAAGGGAAAUAGGGUUGCAGCGCAACUUUUGGGAUUCAAGCUACGGUUUUACUCUUCCAAUGCUCGAAAUCCGUCUGACAUUCUACCGGACAAUCUCAUCUAUCUAGCUGCUUUGCUCAUAAAAGUUGGUUUUAUAUCUUUACGAGACCUCUACCCCCACCUUUGGCGACCUGACGAGUCUAUGGACGAGCUGAAGGAGGAGAAAAUGAAAGAAAAGGAGCAAAGAGAACUGGCAGCUAGACCUGGUGCUGGAACAAUGAACGCUUUGAUGAUGGCUGGUGCCCUAACCGACGACACUAUACCUGUACCACUUCCUAGACCUCGAGAAGCUGACACGCGCGCAGCAACCCCUGCCAAGGACCAGGACGCGGACAAGUCGGCCCAACCAAAAAUCGAAGAGAACAAAGAAGCACUACCGGAACCAACUGACCAAAAAGUACUACUAUUAAAAAGUCUGCUUGCUAUUGGCGCCUUACCAGAAUCUCUUUACAUCCUUGGUCGAUUUCCCUGGUUAUUAGAUGCAUAUCCCGAGCUCCUGGAAUAUAUCCACCGUAUAAUACACUACUCUUUGAGCAGACUUUGCGGUUUAUCGCGGCCAAUGUCGUCAAGGAAUGACAUUAAUGAUCAGAAGAAGAUCACUAGUUCAGACCAAGCAAGCCUUCCGAAGGGAAAUAUCCGUUUGGCGGAUCCCCCGCCCCGACGCGUCCUUCGCUGGGCGUUGCUGGAUAAAGAAGAUACCAACGAUGGAACCGACUAUCGAUUUUAUUGGGAUGAUUGGACUGAUAAUAUACCCAUGUGCCAGACAGUGGAUGAUGUAUUCGCUCUCUGUGAAUCAUUUUUGAAUCUCUCCGGGGUUAAAGUCGGACAAGAUCCUAGCCUAUUGACGAAAUUGGCUAGGCUUGGGAAUGAAAGUCUACUUAGCGAUCCGUCGGACUCAAACCGAACGCGAUGGCGAGAUCUUUGCAAGCGUCUCUUGGUCCCGGCUUUGAGUUUAACCAAAGCAAACCCUGGUGUUGUGAACGAAGUUUUUGCGCUCUUAAGACAUUUCUCGCGAGAUGUGAGGUAUUCCAUCUAUGCUGAAUGGUACUCUGGCCAAACUUCGCGACUUCCCGAUAUCAAAACUGCGUUCGAUCAAGCGCGAGCAGAAACGAAGGAUGCCCUUAAAAGACUAAGCAAAACCAACAUCAAGCCGAUGGCUAGAACCUUAGCCAAAAUCGCGUACGCUAAUCCGGGAAUCGUUAUCAGCGUUGCUAUAAACCAGAUCGAAGCAUAUGAGAACUUGAUUGAAGUUGUGGUAGAAUGUGCCAGAUAUUUCACGUACCUAGGAUACGACAUCCUAACCUGGUUACUAAUCAACUCUCUUGGGCAGAAGGGAAGGAGUAGGGUUCAAGAAGGAGGGCUUCUGACUAGCAGAUGGCUCAAUGCGCUUGCAUCCUUUGUCGGUAGGGUAUUCAAAAGAUAUUCUACCAUCAUGGACCCCGUUCCUGUCCUUCAAUAUGUUGGGGAGCAGCUUCGGCAAAACAACUCCACCGAUCUCGUUAUUCUAGAACAACUCAUAAGUUCAAUGGCGGGAAUCGUGACCGACACAAACUUCAACGACUCUCAAAUUCAAGCAAUGGCCGGCGGCGAACUGCUACAGUCUCAGACCAUGUUACAGCUUCUCGAUAAGCGCCACGAAUCAAAGAUAACCUCCCGACGACUUAUGAAGUCUUUGGCAGAUUCCAAACUUGCGGGACAGCUUCUCAUAUCUAUUGCGCAGGAACGGGCCACCUGUAUAUUCAAGGAAUCAGAGGCUGAUGACGAACUUAAGCUCCUUGGUAAUAUCUUUGACGAAAUCCACCGGGUUUUGACUCAAUAUAUCGACCUCCUUCGGAGCAAUUUUACAGUUGAGGAAUUUGACGCGUUCGUGCCGGACGUUGCAAGUCUCAUUGGUGACUUUGGAUUGCAGCCUGAGGUCGCGUUCUGGAUUACCCGCCCUAGUGUUGCACAUCAGAUUGCGGAAGUCGAUGCAAAGAAGCGGGAAGAGGCCGCGAAGAAGGCGGGAAGCGAAUCUAUUACUCCUGCCGUUGCGCCGUUGAAGACUCCCGAUGGCGAUGUGUCAAUGGUGGAUGAGGGUGAAGCUGUCGAGAAGAAAGAUUCAUCCGAAGAUGUGGUCAUGGCUACUGAAAAACCUGCCCCUACUUCGAAUGAUACCCAGAGUGAGGCGCCGUCGAACACGCCCAAUACGCCCCUCGCCGCUCAGCCGACCCCUGAAAAUGUACCAUGGCAUCCUGUACUUGAAGGGCUGAUGGAGAAAAUCAAAACCACAAUGCCGCGAAGUACGUGGGAAGUUGUUGGCCUUCCGUUCUUUGUCACAUUUUGGCAGCUAUCACUGUAUGAUAUUCAUGUUCCGCAACGGGCUUACGAAGAGGAACUGGAACGUCUCAAGAAGCGGAUCCAGGCUAUCUCCCAAGACCGGACUGAUGUUAGUGUGGCUGGUACUUUGAAAAAAGAUAAGGAAAAAAAGCAGAUUAACGACCUCCACGAUCGAAUUCUAGCAGAAAACAAGGCACAUCUUAAGUACUAUGGUUUAACUCGUGCACGUUUACAGAAGGAGAAGGACCGCUGGUUUGUUGGAUUGAGAGGGAAACAUGAGGCCCUUAACAUCGCGGUCAUGGAACAGUGUCUAUUGCCUCGAUUGCUUCUCUCCCCUAUUGACGCUUUCUACAGUUUCAAGAUGCUCAAGUAUCUGCAUUCGUCCGGGACACCCAAUUUUCGAACGGUGGGAUUCCUUGACCAACUGUUCCGUGAACAGCGGUUGACUGCAAUCAUUUUCCACUGUACAUCUAAGGAAGCUGACAAUUUUGGUCGUUUCCUCAAUGAGGUACUACGUGAUUUAAUGAGGUGGCAUGCCGACAAGGCUGUCUACGAGAAGGAAGCGUAUGGGACUAAAAGGGAUCUCCCAGGCUUCGCCAUGGCUGUGGACCAAGAGGGGAAGCCAAAGUCAUUUUUGGAUUAUGAGAAUUUCCGCCGAAUUCUGUACAAGUGGCACCGCAUUUUUGGCGCUUGCUUGAAGACGUGUCUUUCAGGAGGCGAGUAUAUGCAUAUUCGCAAUGCCAUCAGCGUACUGAAGGCUGUGGUUCAACAUUUCCCUGCUGUUAACUGGAUUGGCCGAGACAUGCACACCUGCGUCAACAACCUCAAGACAUUGGAUCCACGCGACGAUGUCAAAAUUCCAGCCGCCUCGUUGAUUGGGGAUCUGAAUAGAAGGGAAAAGAAGUGGUUACUUCCACAAGCGUUCAUGAUUAACGAACCGUUACCCGGUGACAAGGCCAAAGCACGCACACCGCAGCCCCGGCCAACUACUCCCAAACCUUUGAAUGCCUCUGCCCCUGACUUCAAACCACAGGGGACGUCAACCACGGUAAAUGGUGCGCGGCCUCAAGGGCCUGGAAAAGAAGUUGAAGAUGGUGAAAUCCAAGACGCGAAGACGUCGGACGCGAAUAUGAGUGAUGCAGCCACGAAACCAGAAGCUGUGAAAGGCGACACCCUACCCCAACAAGUACCUAGUGCCUCUGGCACUAGAGAACCGACUGCUCCGGGCAAACCGGACCGAGUGGAACAGAGCGAAAUUCCUGUCACGACACAAGAAGACCAGCCAGCAAAAGCAGCAAGGCCUGUGGAAGCUCCAACAAGAGCAUCCUCACAACCACCUUCGCAGCCCCCCGUGACCACCCUAACCCCCCAAGCAGAUGCACAAUCCCUUGCUCCAGGUCGUGGCUCUUCUCCCGCUCCGCCACGAGUAGUUGGUAAGCCACCUUCGGAAGCUUCCCAUCCGGCAGGCAUCCCAAAACGCCCAGAUGUCGAUCGAUACCCUCCUCAGCCUAGCCCUCCUGUCCGUGUUCAACCCAACCUCCCUAAUCAACCGGAACCUCCUCGACCCUUUAAGCAUUCUGAUGACCGUACGCCUAUGAGACCACCCGGCAUGCCCGAGGAACGAAGAGAUGCGCGGGACAACAGACAUCCGGAUCGCAUUGGGCGAUUUGGUGGACAAGAUCGUGAGAGACCAUUUGAGCAUCCUUUCUCUACCGAACUUCGAGGCCACACCCGGCCAAACGACAGGCUUGGGGACCGGGAUAGGCUUGAAGGCCCUCGGAUGGAUAAAGACUUUCCUGCACGCCCUCCCGAAGAUCACCUUGGACGUCCAAGCUACAGAGAUGCACGCCCUUCGCCGAGAGAUCAGGAAUGGUCUGAAAGGAUGAGCAGGGGAAGGAUGUCUCAAGCGGAUGCCUUCCAAUCCCGGCAAGAACCGGACCGGCCUUUCAGAGAUGGCGAUAUACAUCCAUAUCGACAGUCCAGUGUUCCUGAAUCUCACGAUCGUGACCAUCCUCUCCGCCUAUCUUACCCCGAAACCCCGUCACACCAGCGUCAUGAACAUCCAAGACCUGAACGGGAUGAUAGAAGAAGCCGUGGCUCUCGCCCCCCUAGCCCUACCAAGGGAGAUGAUUCCCGGCCUCCCAACAGACCCGAUAGGCGAAAUGAGCGCGAAGAGAGGAAACCUGCAACUUUUAAUUCUCACCCACCACGCUCAGAGGAUCUCCCGACUGGGCCAAGAGGAGACAGAGCCACUCAUCCUACGGCAGGCGAUAACCGUCAUGGCCAAGAGUCGCGAUCAACGUACCCGCCAUCGACAACAGAACCGUCAUAUGGAAGGUUGAAUCAAGAUUCAAGAUUCCCCUCGCGCCCGCAGGAGCCGUUUGAGAGGGCUCAGGAUAUCCCGUCAGGCCCUAGGAGAACUGCCUCUCAACGUGGUGGGAGAAAUCCGCCUCUAUCGCAACCACUUCCGAUUCCACCACAACCAUCAGACCGCCAGCCACCUACAGGACCAUCAAGCCGGCUAUCCACACGGAAUCCAACCCACCAGGACCAGCAGCCCGCGGUCACCGCGCCUUCUGCGCCUGUUCCGCUGGACAAAAUUGAUACAUCCGGUAUUCAUCCUGACCGCUUAAAAGCGCUUCAAACUCCCGGAGAUGAUGGAACUCAAUCAUCUUCACCUACCUCAGCUUUACCACCGUCUGGCCCACGGAGUGGUGGCUAUCCACCUUCUGGCCAUUCGCCAACUACUCGAGGACCCCCUGGAUCUACAUUUUCAGGGGAGAGGGGCCGGGGAGAUAAACGAUUUGCAGGCCUGAACAAUAUGCUUCAGCAGUUUGGCGGUCCAGCAGAUAAAGCUGGGAUGGGCACUUCGAUAAGAGGAAGGGGUGCGAAUCGCGCCGGUAGCAAUUCACUCAACGCUCCGUCGCCUCAAUCCACCCGACCGCAUACUCCUGUUGGCGGGAAGGCUGACACUUAUUCUGGUUCUGCGCCCCCAUCAGGAACAGAAAGGCCGGAGCUUUUCCCUGGUCGCUCUGAUGCCGCACCACCACCUCCACAAGACGAACCUCGUGGACCUGGUAGAGCUGGUCGGAGAAGUGAAAUUAUAGAGGAGGCCCCCCGCCACUCUAGCGGUACUCGCACUCCAGAUCGGGAGAGGGAUCGUGAACGCGACCGUGAGAGAGAACGCGAGAGAGAAAGUGAACGGGAACACCGAGAUCGGGACCGGGAGCGCGAUGCCACUCGUCGAGGCGAAGAGGACAGCGUAAGACCAAGCACGAAACGGGACGAGUAUCGAGAACGCGAUCGAGGUCGUGCAACAGAAACCAGCAGCCGGGACCAGGCUCGCGGUUCACGAGAAUCUUCAUCACGAAGAGGCGCACAGAGCUCGAGCGCAAAUAGAGAGCCAGUCUCCGCUAGCAGGCGGAGAGACAAGCGAGAACGUGACUCAGGUACCCAAGAGAGCCAAAGCCGUGGCGGUAAACCUGACAUAACCCCGCAACCUCCUCCACCUCCUCCGCCUCCUCCACCACCACCACCAAACGAUCCGGAAGGCCGGAGAUGGAGUAGUGGUGGUCGAGGUGACGAUCGCAACAGAGAUCGUGAGCGAGACCGGGACCGGGACCGCGAUCGCGAUCGCGAGCGUGAACGGGAUCGAGAGCGCCGAGACGCUGGUAGCGGACGUGGAGGCAAUGGUGGUGCUGGUGGCACAGGCGGCAGCGGCAACGGGGGAGGCACUUGGCCCCGGAAACGUGGAAGACCCACUGGUGCCAACGUGGAUGACCGACCUAACGUUGCCCCCUCCGCUAGGCACGGAGGUGAAAAUAAGAGGCCCAGGCGUGGGCAUUGAUCGCUUUUUGAUUAUUUUUCCUAAAAGUGUCUUAACGGUAUUACUUCGCUACAGACCAGUUUUCUCUUCUCUUUUCUAUCCAUUCCUUUGUGCCAUUUUAUUGCUCUUUCCUUUGUGACAUUUUGCAGCUCCAUAAUCAUGAUGGGAAUCAUUUAAGAUCAUUUUCUUUUUUUCACUCAGAAGACACAUUAGGCGGUAUUAGAAUGGGAUGUAUGAACAUUAGGUAUGAACAUUCGCCAAAAAAACCUUUUGUUGUCGUUUCGCUUGUUGGGCCUGAGUUUGUUUGGCGCCCCUUUUUUGUCCCUCUAUUUCUCCUGUAACCGUCAUAUUUAGGGUUAUAUAUCAAGCAUGUCAACCCAUUCCUACCAGCUCCUAGUUAAUCUAAAAUAAAUACAUCUUCGCUCGCUUUCCAUAUUUAUUAUUUAUUCCCCUCCCUUCGCCCGCUUGUGGUAUUAAUAUAUAUCAUAUUUCGCAAUACUUCGGGUUGAUGAGUUACCCACCCGCCGCGCAGCUCCUCGCAACACUUUUUUACCAUGACUCAGCUCCCCUUUAAAGGAUUUGAUAGCGCGGUAUAUAACUAGUUCUCCUAUUCUAGAACGAAUGAAUGGCUUCGACAUGGCCCAGGUUAAGGCUAGCACACAGAUUACAAGCAACAUAAGAAUUCUC